GGUACUCCACGUGUCGAAGCUCACCAUAGACGUGCCAGCGUCGCCGAGGAACCCAGCAGAAAAAUAUGGGAAAUGGCGAUGACGAGAAGGUGGAAGGCCUCCACCACGCCCGGCAGCCCCCGCACGGCGAGUCUUCCUCUUCCUCCUCCUCCUCCUCCCCCUCCUACCGACACGCCACGAAGCGCCGACGCGCGCACGGCGCCGCAGCAGCCAUGGCCGACCGCUUCUUCCCCAACGACCUCCCCGACUUCGUCGCCGAGGCACCCGACGGCGGCGACCCUCCCGCCGCCGGGCUCCGCGGCCUGCUCUCGCUCCCCUACCCCAGGCUCUCCGACCGGCUCCUCCGCGCCGCCCUCCGGCUCAAAGACAAGGUCGUGCAAGAGACAUGGACUAGGACGGGGGGCCAUGUGACGGACUACACGCUCUACACGGGCGCGCUCGGGACGGCGCUCCUGCUGUUCAAGUCCUUCCAGGUCACCGGCGACCGCCGUGAUCUCAACCUCGCCAGCGAGAUCGUCCAAGCCUGCGAUGCCGCGUCGCUUGGCCUGCCGCGCAGGUUCUUGACUUUCAUAUGUGGGAGGGCCGGCGUCUGCGCUCUCGGAGCAGUGAUUGCAAAGCAUUGCAAUGAUCAGUUGAUGGAGACCAACUUUCUGAGCUCGUUUGAUGAGAUAAUUAUCACAGAGAAAGUUCCAAAUGAGCUGCUGUAUGGAAGGGCGGGUUAUUUGUGGGCUUGUUUGUUCCUGAAUGAGCAUCUCAGUGACAAGACAAUUCCUGCCGAACACAUUAGUUCUGUGGCAAAGGACAUAAUUAUGGAGGGAAGGAAGCUGUCGAACAAGGGGAGCUGCCCGCUGAUGUAUGAGUGGCAUGGGAAGAAGUACUGGGGUGCUGCCCAUGGACUCGCUGGAAUCAUGCAUGUUCUCAUGCACACUGAAUUGAAGCUGGAUGAGCAGGAUGACGUGAAGAAUACUCUGCGGUACAUGAUCAGUAACCGGUUUCCAAGUGGAAACUACCCCUCGAGUGAAGACAGCGAAUCCGAUCGCCUGGUGCAUUGGUGCCAUGGUGCCCCUGGUGUUGCUCUUGCACUUGCUAAGGCAUAUCAGGUCUUCCAAGAUGAUCACUUCAAGCAGUCCGCUGCAGAGGCUGCUGAAGUUGUCUGGAACCGUGGUCUUCUCAAGCGAGUUGGAAUAUGCCACGGUAUAAGCGGGAAUGCCUAUGUAUUCCUCUCACUUUAUAGGCUAACCGGCAAUGUUGAGUACCUCUACCGGGCUAAGGCUUUUGCUUGCUUUCUGCUUGAAAAUGCUGAUCGAUUGAUUGCUGAGGAGGCCAUGCAUGGUGGUGACCGUCCGUUUUCAUUGUUUGAAGGAAAGGCUGGGAUGGCGUAUCUCCUUUUAGACAUGGUUAACCCCUCGGAAUCAAGGUUCCCCGCCUAUGAACUUUGAGUCCCAGCAUCAAUGUAUGUAGGCCCAGCGAUCCGUCAGUCCAAACAAUCUGUGUCAAAAAUGAUCUUACAUUUUGGGACGGAGAGAGUACUUGUGUUCUUAUCUACCCUGUAAAAUGUACCUUAGUGCGGUUGAUAUCCUUGUAAAUUUUAGUGUUUCUGACUCUGCAAACUUGCACCUUUGUAAAAUAUGUUUGUGAGGGGGUUCUGGUAAUAAUGCUCA